AUGGCCGACAGGAACCUUUCUCCCAUACGCGGCGAGGAGAAGCAGACCAAGCUUCCAGAUGACCUCUCGCCGCCCGAAUCAGAGCUCGAAGGCGGCAUCAACAUAGAGUCCGUGAUCAAUGAGAAGUCUCUGCUCCGCAAGAUCGAUAUCAAAUUGCUCCCGGCUGUCGGCAUCCUCUAUCUCCUCUCUUUCUUGGACCGUAGUAAUGUCGGAAACGCAAAAAUCGAAGGCCUUGCCAAGGACCUCAAUAUGACUGGAAAUCAGUACCUUACUGGUCUCACCCUCUACUUCAUCGGAUAUGUCCUCUUUGAGGUAAUAUCACCUACAGAGAUGUUUUCUAGGGCAACACUGACACUGUCGUUGGAGCAGAUCCCUUGCAAUAUCAUCCUCAAGCGCACGAGCCCUCGGCUAUGGCUGCCCACACUGACGAUUGCCUGGGGAAUUGUCGCAACCCUCAUGGGUGUCGUUCAUAACCUUGCCGGAUUCUUCGUAGCUCGUCUCUUCCUCGGAAUCACUGAGAGCGGCCUAUUCCCUGGCGUUGUGUUUUACUUCUCCAUGUGGUACAGGCGCCGGGAGCGACAGUUCCGCAUCUCCCUAUUCUUCAGCGCAGCAGCCCUUGCCGGGUCGUUUGGUGGGAUCUUGGCUUAUGGAAUCGGGUUCAUGAAGGGUACUGUGUGGGCGAACGGAUGGCAUUGGAUCUUCAUUCUUGAAGGCCUUGCCACAAUCGUGGUGGCAGUCGCAGCUUAUUGGUUCAUCUACAACUACCCAGACACUGCACAGUUCCUCACAGACAAAGAACGCGCCUUCGUCCGAGCCCGCCUCGCCGCCGACAGCGAUGCAACUCACGACGAGGCAUUUACGUGGGGGAAUGUGCUCACGGCCCUCAAAGAUCCCAAGUGCUGGCUCUGCCACGUUGUCCCGAGUGUCAGUGCUGACCUCCAAGAGCAGCCAACCAUCAUCAGCGCCCUCGGCUACACGGCAGCCAACGCACAGCUCCUCACCAUCCCGCCGUACGCCUUCGCGUUCGUGACGACCCUGACCAUAGCGAGCCUGUCUGAGCGUCUCAACCAGCGCGGCCUCUUCAUCGCCGGCUCCGCGUCGUUCGCGGCCGUCGGGUACGCCAUCCUGCUGGGCAACACCGACCCCGUCGGCCGACCCGGCGUCUCGUACGCGGGGACCUUCUUCGCCGCCGGCGGGAUCUACCCGGCCACCGCGCUGUCGCUGUCGUGGCCGGCCAUCAACGUCUCCGGGCAGACGAAGCGCGCCGUCGCCAACGCCAUGCAGAUCAGCAUCGGGAACCUGGGGGCCGUGCUGGGCACGCAGCUGUACCGCGCGCUCGACGGGCCGCGCUACGUCGUCGGGCACAGCUUCGCGCUGGGCUAUUUGCUCGGCAACGUCGUUGUCUCGGGUCUGCUGUACUGGGUUCUGAAGAGGGAGAAUGAGAAGCGAGACAGUACUGCUGCGGAGGUCAGGGAAGUCGGUGAGCUAACCGACUGGCGAGGCGAUGAGGAUCCCAGAUGGCGAUUCCAGAUUUAG